AAGGAUUGGCUCGUCUAUAAUUUCACAGAACUUGCCAGUGGCAUCCCGAAAUCUGGCGCUCAUUCGUAUGUCCUCAAAACCCUCAUCAUGCCAGAAAAAAAUACACGAUUCAAACUUCUUCAGGACAAAGCUAGUCGACAUACUUUAUUACUCGAUCGAAAUGUUUCUUGA